GACCCUAGAGGCCAAGCUCAAACUCAACCCAACACCAGAACUAACCCAACAAAUCAAAAAAUGCCAAACAGACAUAAAAGAAUACAUGGCGAAAGACUCAACCAAAGCCUUACUGUGGUCAAAACAAUUAUUUUAUGACAAAGCAAAUAAUGCAGACACGCUACUCGCACGCAGACUCAAACAAAGAACAGAACGCAAACAGAUCAACAAAAUAACCACACCAGAAGGAGUCCUCACAGAGAACCCGGGCAAAAUAGCCAGCGACUUACAAAAAUACUUCGAAGCCCUGUACGACCACACACCUGAAGCCCGACAACACCCGACACACACUAAAUCACUCAUUGACCAAUACCUCCACCAGGUCCCACUACCCUCCCUCCCCACAGAAGCAGC